AUGAAGCUAAAAGGUGCCUUUGUGUUCUUUUUCCUGGCAUUUUGCUGCUUCAUUUUAGGAGUCACUGCUCAAGGUGGGCGUCAGCCUGACUGCAGGAAAUACAAAAAUCGAGAUGGAACCUGGAGAGGAGGCUGUCUAAGGAACUAUGCACCAGUCUGUGGAACAGACGGCAUCACUCACAGCAAUGAAUGUUUGCUGUGUGAAAAAAUCUUUGAAACUGGAGUCCCCAUUGGCAUAAAGCGCAAAGGAGAAUGUUAG